AUGAGAAGAGAUUUAAAUAAUUCUUAAAAUUAGUAAACAUUAGAAAACAUACAACCAAUAGGAACUAUGUAAUAUUCAUUAUAUAUAUCAAAGAUUUAGAUAUGAAUAAGCCUUUGAGUUAUUGAGUUAAGCAUUGCUUUCAAAUUCUAUCUAUGCAAUUGCUGUAUUAAUUUUAAGUUUUGAACUUGCAUUCGAUGGAAAUAUGUUAUAUGUGAUCUAUUGCAUAUAUUCAAAAUUAUUCUUAUAAAUUCUCCAUUAAAUAUACUUUUAUAGAGCAUUUGCUAAUAUUAAUAUGUAAGAGCACAUUAUUUAUAAUUAUUUUUUAAAGAAAAUACAAUCAAGCCAUAAUGAGAUUAUUUUCACUAUUUUUUGA